AUGGCCAGUAGUGAGGGGCAGAAGGCUGAAAGAAGUGGCAGACUGGCUUUAGACAAGUCCAGGGAAGGUGUUGAGGGCUGGGACUGGCCAAGUCCAGGCCUGAGGGCUGCACCAAAGGUGUGCAGAGGUCCAGAGACCAAUAUCAGGGGGCCAGGAGGUCAAAUGAGUGAUGUGAUCCCAGUGUCCAUGGGCUGGAGUGCUGGGAUGACUGAGGGUGACCAGCCAGGGGUCAGAGGUAGCUCAGGGGAACUAACAGAAGUGAGUCUGGUUGUUGAGGCCAGCUCAGGGGCAAGUCCAGAGGGUAAUUCCAACUUAGAAGUGGGCUCAGGCAUGAACCCAGAGUCAGGCAAAAAUGAGUGGAAGACAGGGGUCAGGAGUGAGGGAAUGGAUGCAUUAAGUUUCAACCACUAG